UAAUGUAGGACCUGUCAGUCUCACAAGUAGCUUCGAUGAGAAUUUUCAAACGUGUGGCUUCAAAAGAUAUUUCUUCCUGCUUUAUUGAAUAAAUUCGUCAUUUCAUCAGGCACUCACCAUCUACCAACAUGGUCAGAAUUUUGAGAGUGAUGAACACCUGUGCCACAACUGUAUUACUGCUGAUGAUCCUUCUGGUACUUCUUUAUUCCAAUAAGCAACAAAACAUCUCAACACCUCAAUCUAGUGCCAACCUUGUCUGGAUACCUUCAUUUUUACACAAAACUUUCCCAUUGUCAAAUUGGCAAUUGGAAAAGAAGAGGGUGUCACAAAACCUAACAGCAAGAUGUGAACAAAACACAAUGUUUGAAAAUGUCUCUGGCUUUGAGUCCCUUUCCCCUAUGUUUCAAGACUUCCUUUACUAUCGUCACUGUCGCAGUUUCCCCAUAAUUCUGGACCUUCCUGACAAAUGUCAAGGAGAUGAUGAGCCUGAGGACGUCUUUCUUUUGCUUGUAAUUAAAAGUUCCCCACAGAACUACGAGCGAAGAGAGGUUCUGCGCAAGACCUGGGCUGCUGAGAGGUCCUAUAAGGGAAAAGUGAUUCGAAGAAUCUUUAUUAUCGGAACUGGCGGUUCAGGUUUCGAGGAGGAGAAAUUGAACAAACUUGUCAUGUGGGAGCACCAACAUUACAAUGACAUCCUCCAAUGGGAUUUUAAGGAUUCCUUUUUCAACCUCACUUUGAAGCAGAUACUCUUCCUUGAGUGGAUGGACAGAAGUUGUCCACAGGCUCGAUUUCUGCUGAAUGGUGAUGAUGAUGUUUUUGCCCACACUGACAACAUGGUUGAAUAUCUUCAAAGUCUUAAAGAUAAUAAUGGAAGGAAGCACCUUUUUACUGGACAUCUGUUGCAAAAUGCAAUGCCUAAAAGAGACCCAAAUAAUAAGUACUUCAUUCCCACACAGGUGUAUGACAAGAAUUUUUACCCACCCUACUGUGGAGGUGGGGGAUACCUUCUGUCAGGCUAUACAGCUUUGGUCAUUUACAAAAUAUCUGCAUCGGUCCAAAUUAUUCCUAUUGAUGAUGUCUACAUGGGAAUGUGUUUGGCUGUAGCGAAACUUAAACCUGAUUCUCACAUGGGUGUGCAAACACUACAAUGGCACAUUCCCUCCAGACAAGUUGAUAAAAAUGACCCCUGUUACCUUAAAGAUUUUCUUUUGCUUCACAAAUUCUUGCCCAGUGAUCUAUUUUUCUUGUGGCAGGAAGUACGCAACCCAAAACUCAUAUGUAGUGCUAAAGCAUGAUAAACAGUAGAGUCAAAAUAAACUCAAAUGAACUGUCUGAACAAGACAUGGGUCAAAAAAAGAUUUAAGUAAUUGGUUAGUUAUGCAGUUAGUAUAGCUUGUUAUUUUUGAGAAAACUAGGUACUUGUAGAUGUUAUUUAGUAAGUAAACUGGCUACCAAUACUAAUCAACUUAUUCACUUGUAGGGCAGAGAUUUUAAUGCUUUUAUUCUAGAUUUGAUUAGUUAAUUACAGGAAAACACACAGUAAAAAACAACACUGUGAAAUCUAAACAUAUGCUAUGUGAACUAGUGUUUAAAUGAGCCUCAGAUUUCUGACUGCAAGUGAACACAGCAUAAUAAUCUGUGAGCUAUGUUGCAGGGGUUUAUUUUAAACGUAUUAAUAUGUAACUUAAUAAAACUGCUAAUCAUUGUUGUUUCUGAAAUUGGGCUGUUUUAUUAUUGUUUUACCUCUUUCCAUCCUGCUGGAAUGUUGCAAUAAUUACUCAAUGUAACUCAUAGUCUAACUGUAAAAGCAAUGUUACCUGUUAAAUCUCAUGGAACCUGUUUUUCUAUGUGUUACAUUUGUGAAGAUAAUGAAUGUUUCUUGGAAAUUUACAUUUUUUUUUUUGUAAUUGAAUGAAAGAUAUUAAAUGUUCUUUACUACCAUAACCAAAUGCCUUCUAAAGUCACAUGAGUUAAUAAAAAAGUGUGCCUGUGAAUUAUUUGAUAUUAGUUUUAACGCAGCUGUCAGGUCUCAAGAAUUAGUCAUU